AUGGAGCUAGGAUCAAACAAUCUUUCUUUACUGGCUCCACCUGUGUUUGAUGGUGAAAUCUAUCAAACAUGGGCAAUCAGAAUACAAGCUUACAUGGAAGGUUGUGAUUAUUGGGAAGCAAUUGAGCAAGAUUAUGAAAUUUCUCCACUUCCUGAUAAUCCAACGAUGCAUCAGAUCAAGACUCACAAGGAGAGGGUCACCAGGAAGGCAAAGGCUCGAACUUGCCUAUAUGCAGCUGUGUCUCCCACCAUAUUUAAUAGAAUUAUGGCAUUGAAGUCAGCAAAGGAGAUCUGGGAGUUCCUCAAAAGUGAGUAUGAAGGUGAUGAGAGGAUUAAAGGCAUGAAGGUGUUGAACUUGGUAAGGGAAUUCGAGAGAAUGCAGAUGAAUGAUUUUGAGUCCAUCAAAGAGUAUUCAGACAAGUUGAUCGGGAUUGCUAACAAGUCAAGAGCAUUAGUAACUGAUCUAUCUGACAAUAGAUUGGUUUAG